CAAAUACGAGUGCGAAAAUUUUUAGUAGAGUGCGUUACCGCUAGUGGGCUAAAUCGGACAGACAUUUCUAUUUGAGGAAGAAAAAGUUAGAGAAAAGAAAUAACAACCAAGAUGUUGAAGCAAGUAUCCAAACAAUUGGCUAUCCAAUCCAUGAGGAGUUUCUCCACCAGCAGACAGAACAACUACAAAGUUACUGUUUGUGGUGCCUCUGGUGGUAUUGGUCAACCCUUGUCGUUGUUGUUGAAACAAAAUGGUUUGGUCACCGAUUUGGCUUUAUACGAUAUUGUACACACUCCCGGUGUAGCUGCCGAUUUGUCUCACAUUGAUACCAAGAGCAAAACUACCGGUUAUAUGGGUGCUGACCAAAUGGGUCAAGCUUUGAAAAAUGCCGAUGUUGUGGUUAUUCCCGCUGGUGUACCCCGUAAACCUGGUAUGACCCGUGAUGAUCUUUUCAAUGUCAACGCUGGCAUCAUUAAAGAUAUUGCCAAUUCCAUUGCCAAGAACUGCCCCAAGGCUAUGGUAGCCAUUAUUACCAAUCCAGUUAACACCUGUGUACCAAUUGCUGCUGAAAUCUUGAAAAAGGCUGGUGUAUACGAUCCCAAACGUCUUUUCGGUGUUUCCACUUUGGAUGUUGUACGUGCUCGUGCUUUCAUCGGUGGAGCUUUGGGUGUAGAUCCCCAACAAGUCAAUAUUCCCGUAAUUGGUGGUCAUUCCGGUGUUACCAUUUUACCAGUAUUGUCUCAAUGCCAACCUGCCUACAAGGCUGACCAAGCCACCAUUGAAAAAUUGACUGUUCGCAUCCAAGAAGCUGGUACUGAAGUUGUUAAGGCUAAGGCUGGUGCUGGUUCCGCCACUUUGUCUAUGGCUUAUGCUGGUGCCCGUUUUGCUGGCUCCUUGCUUAAGGGUUUGAAUGGCGAGAGCAACGUUGUUGAAUGCUCUUACGUUCAAUCAAACGUAACCGAAGCCACCUUCUUUGCCACUCCCUUGGUUUUAGGCAAGCAAGGUUUGCAAGAAAACUUGGGUUUGCCCAAAUUGAACGAUUAUGAGAAGAAAUUGUUGGAAGCUGCCAUUCCAGAACUUAAGAAGAACAUCCAAAAGGGCGUUGAUUUUGCCAACGCUUAAGUUGUUCUCUCCUCACCUCAGAUCCUUAGGAAUUUUUAACUAUUUAUCCAUUUCCAUUAUGCGUCAAUUGGCAACUACACUAAGGUAAACCUCUCCAUCAACUGUCCACCUUUAUGAAGCUGCUCCUUAAUCCGGUUUCCGUUUUCUAUAAAUCGUUUUAAAGUCUAACAUACACUUACAGCCACUAGUUGAAUUGCAGCUCCUUAAGAUUUCUUACGAAAAAGAUUUGCAACUUUUCCAAAGAUAUUAUUAUAUGUUUAAGUAUAAAUAAAGUGUUCGAAUAAAGAGCAACACAUAGUUGGAGUUUACUUAAAACAAUUGUGUAUUUAUAAUUAGAGACAAAUAAAGAAAAUAAACCUCAAUAAAAAAA